CACAAUGUCAAACACAUUCCUGUGUAUGUAUAUGUGCGUGUAAACAGAUACCAUCUGCUUGCUGUGUUCAUGUGAAAAAACAAAGUCUUGGACUCUCACAUGGCCAAUUGGCACUUGCUCAAAAAACCCACCUUCGUUAACAAACAUAUACCUAUAAUUAGGUUUGGCAAGCUCAGGAUUUCUUCAAACCCUUUCCUCUUUGGUAAUUGGUAGUUGAGCUAUCUGUGUGAUCCUUUUUUCAAAGACUUGCACCAUUAAAAAUUGAGACUUUUGGUGCAGUUUUCUUGUAGCUUUGUAUUUUACAAUCUUUCCUUUUCUUUAAAAUCUAAAAUCCAUUUUUUUCUCCUCCAAUCCCAACUAAUAAUUGCUUACAGGCGUGUUAAGAUUGGUUUGUUCAUCUUAUUAUAGACUCUUCUGAAAAAUACCAUCUGUUUCUUGUUUAAGAACACCAACAAGAGGAGAGAAAUGAAGAACAUAGAAAUGGAUGAGGAAAGACUAAUGGCCGACGUGGCGUUUAAGAACUCCUCGUCUGUGGUCAUAAAAAUCCGGCGAAAAUUGCCGGAUUUUUUGCAGUCUGUUAAGCUCAAAUAUGUCAAAUUAGGCUAUGGUUAUUCGUGCAAUCCUGCAACUCUCCUUAUUUCCAUUGUAGUCUUCCCUUUGUUCUUUGCUACUGCUAUACAACUCAGUGGUCUAACCCUCAGACUUUUUUCUGAUAUUUGGACCAAACAAACAAUUGUUUUCGAUACAGCCACCGUUGUAAUCGGUUCGACCGUAUUGAUGUUUUUGUUAGGCGUGUAUUGGGCCAAACGGCCAAGACCAGUUUACUUGGUUGAUUUCGCGUGUUACAAACCAGAAGAUGAACGGAAAAUGUCAAUUCCAUCGUUCUUGAAGAUGACCGAAGAGAAUGGUGCAUUUGAAGCGGAAUCAAUUCAGUUCCAGAAGAGGAUAUCACACCGGUCUGGCCUCGGUGAUGAUACGUAUUUCCCUCGGGGAAUUACAUCCACGCCCCCUAAUCUAUCCAUGAAAGAAGCCAGGUUGGAGGCCGAGGCUGUCAUGUUCGGAGCACUGGAUUCUCUCUUCAGCAAAACUGGAGUUAAACCGAACGACAUUGGAAUUCUUAUCGUGAACUGCAGCUUAUUCAAUCCAACCCCGUCUUUGUCCGCCAUGAUAGUCAACCAUUACAAACUUAGAACUGAUAUCAAGAGCUACAAUCUUGGAGGAAUGGGGUGCAGUGCUGGCCUCAUAUCAAUAGACCUGGCAAAACACCUUCUUCAAGCUAACCCUAAUACAUAUGCAGUUGUAGUGAGUACUGAAAAUAUCACUCUCAAUUGGUACUUUGGAAAUGACCGUUCAAUGCUAUUGUGUAACUGCAUCUUUCGUAUGGGUGGCGCCGCCAUGCUUCUCUCGAACAAGGCCCGCGACAAAUCCCGGUCCAAGUAUGAGCUGAUCCAUACCGUUCGAACCCAUAAAGGUGCAGAUAACAAUAGCUACAAUUGUGUCUAUCAAAGAGAAGAUGGUAAAGGAACAGUUGGAGUUUCACUUGCUCGAGAAUUGAUGGCCGUAGCCGGUGAUGCUCUGAAGACAAAUAUAACGACUUUGGGACCUUUAGUUCUACCAUUUUCUGAACAAUUCAUUUUCCUGGUUACCUUGAUGAAGAAAAAGGUCUUCAAAGCUAAGGUCAGGCCUUAUAUACCUGAUUUCAAGCUUGCUUUUGAACACUUCUGCAUACACGCUGGUGGAAGGGCAGUGUUGGACGAGUUGCAAAACAACCUUCAACUCACUGAGUGGCACAUGGAGCCAUCGAGGAUGACACUGCACCGGUUCGGGAACACGUCUAGCAGUUCAUUGUGGUAUGAAUUGGCUUACACAGAAGCGAAAGGCCGGGUUUCAAGGGGCAAUCGGGUUUGGCAGAUUGCGUUUGGGUCGGGUUUCAAAUGUAACAGUGCUGUUUGGAGAGCCCUGAGGGAAAUUCCAGCUAAAGAAUGCGAGGGUAACCCCUGGUUUGAUUGUAUUGAUAAGUAUCCUGUUGAGGUUCCUGUAAUAUAAAUUUGUUCAUGGAGCUUAUUGAUGGAAGUGUGCUUAUAAGUGAUAAAUUCUAUUUCUGUAUUAACUUUUUCAUACGAAGAUCCAAGCUACAGGCUUAUAGCUGUGUGUACCCAUAUUUCAAAUAGAGAACAAAUCUAUUGUAAAUGUUAGGUCCUAUGCCCAAUCGAUUUUGGACGUAAACACUUUUAAUAUGAUCAAUGUAUUUUAUAUAUGACGAUAUAUUAU